UUUGGGUUUAGUGUAUGAGUGUGUGUUUGUGUAAUGUUUAAUGAGCAUCGGCCUCUUCUUACAACUACAACUACAAUCACUCUUCACAUUUUCUUCUUCUUCAAUCCUCACCAAAAUAAUGAAGAGGCUAGUGGUUUUGCUUUUCCUUCUAACAGUAAGUUAUGGUAUUGAACUUUAUGGCGUGGAAGAAGGCGAAUGCAAUAUUGAAAAACAUUUGGUUCCCCGUCCUCAUAGCGUUUCAAUAUUGGAAUUUGGUGCCGUUGGUGAUGGAAAAACGUUAAAUACAGUUGCCUUUCAAAAUGCAAUAUUCUAUCUCAAAUCAUUCACUGAUAAGGGUGGUGCACAAUUGUAUGUACCAUCCGGAAAAUGGCUGACAGGAAGUUUCAACCUUACUAGCCAUCUCACUCUCUUUCUUGAAAAGGAAGCUGUGAUUCUUGGUUCCCAGGAUAUCGAUCAUUGGAAGGUUAUAGAUCCGUUGCCUUCUUACGGUAGGGGUAUUGAUCUCCCAGGUCAAAGAUACCGAAGUUUGAUCACUGGAGAAAAUCUUAAUGAUGUUGUUAUUACAGGUGACAAUGGAACCAUUGAUGGCCAGGGAUCUGUAUGGUGGGAGAGUUUUGAUUCUAAUACUUUGAAUCACAGCCGGCCUCAUAUUGUUGAGUUUAUCAAUUCCAAGGAUAUUGUUGUAUCAAAUAUAACCUUCUUGAAUUCGCCUGCAUGGACAAUUCAUCCCGUAUAUUGCAGUAACGUCCUUGUUCAAAAUAUAACCUCAUUGUCUCCAGCUAAAUCUCCUUACACUAGUGGCAUAGUUCCAGAUUCUUCCGAUAGUGUUUGCAUUGAGAAUAGUAACAUUACCUCGGGUAGUGAUGCAAUCUCUCUAAAAAGCGGUUGGGAUGAGUACGGAAUCACGUACGGCAGACCAACUACAAACGUGCACAUUAGAGGGGUUAGGCUUCGAUCCUUUACAGGUGCAGCUCUAGCUUUCGGGAGUGAGAUGUCCGGAGGCAUCUCUCAAGUACUUGUGGAAAACAUCAAGUUACAAGAUUCUCUCACUGGAAUUUCGUUCCUUACUUCAAAAGGCAGAGGCGGUUAUAUUAAAGACGUUCUUGUAUCAGAUAUCAAGUUGGAAAACAUCAUGCUGGCAAUCAAAUUAACCGGUGACUGUACCACUCACCCCGAUGAUAAGUAUGAUCCUGAAGCAUUACCAAUUGUUGAAGGAAUCACCUUUAGGAACGUAGUUGGGUUGAAUAUCACAACAGCUGGAAACCUUACGGGUAUUCUUGAAUCACCAUUUACUUCAAUCUGUCUUUCGAAUAUCUCAUUAGCUUUAAACCCUGAGCUUUCUGGUCUUGCCUCACCGUGGGAGUGUUCUAAUGUCUCGGGAUUUUCGAAGGACGUGUCUCCCAUACCCUGUCUCGAACUCCAAACAGUUCCCUCAAAUUCUUCUGUUUGUUAUUCAUUAUCACCCCAAAAUUCACAUAAUCUUGUUUCUUUUCUAUGAUAAUAAAGAGUCAAAAAAUUUCAAACGCGUAUUAUUUGUUGGUAGAACAAGUGGGUUCUGCUAAAUUUGAAGUCAGAUAAGUUUCGAUGAGAAAUCUUUAUUGGAUUUUACUGAUGGAAAACUACUGCUUAGAUUCAAAUUAUACAAGAAGCAGUAGGAUGGAGAUUCUUUUCGCCCCCGUGGAGGUCUGGUUUGUGUACAGCAGCCUUGUUUUCGUUCAUUUCAUGUGUAAGAAAAGUUUUGUAGCGGCUUUCUUUUCUUAUACGUUUCUCUCAUUCAUCAUUGUUAUUUUUCUUUUUUGACUGCAUUCCGAAUGUAAAUUUCAUUAUUGGGUUUCAAAUCGAAGGUUGUUAAAUGUUAGACAGAGUUGCAUAAAAACUUUUUUUAAGUUAUAAAGUGAUUUUCUUCUA